AUGCAGCUUGAUGCUACCGCCGCCGCCGCCGCCGCCGCCGCCGGCAAGGCGCCCUGCCCCAAGGGAUGCCUGACCUGUGACCCCCUCACAGGCUCUUGCCUCACCUGCCCCGCAAAGCACGGCCUGAACAAGGCGGCGGUCAGGGCGCUGCGUGGCGGUGAGGGCUGCGCCAGCGGCGACGGCACCUGCAAGAAGUGCGCCGGCUGGUUCUAUGGCCCUCCCAGCCUGUAUAGAACCCUCCAAGGCUGCAAGCUGGCAACCAUGCCGCUGCACGGCUGCGACGCUAAGCGCACCCUGCCGGAUGGCACCUGCAAGCGCUGCCGCAGCGGAUUCGCCACCACUUCACGCGGCACGCGCCGGGCCUGCCCGUGCAUCUGCGCAGAGUGCUCGGAGCCCGGGGUGUGCACCCUGUGCCUGCGCGCUAGUCUGGUGGGAGGCACGUGCGUGCAGUGCAGGGUGGAGGGGUGCGCCGAGUGCCCCAAUGGCCCCGCCACCUGCAAGCGGUGCGGUCCCGGCAUGGGCGGGCUCAACGCUACCCGGCAGUGCACACCCUGCCUCGACCCCAACUGCCAAGACUGCGGACAGGACCACAGGGUGUGCACCAACUGCCAGAUGCAGUACGUUGCGGUACAGGGGAGCUGCCAGCCGUGUCGCAAGGGCUGCGCCGACUGCGGGCACCCCGAAGACGGUUGCCCCAAUGAUCCCUUCGCUCUGGUCCACUCCACCUGUACCACCAAGGGCGUGCGCAAGGCCUGCAAGAAGGGGUGGGGCCGGGUCGGCAAGAAGUGCGUGCAGUGCCGCGUCAAGCACUGCACGCGGUGCGAUGGGGAUACCUCGCUAUGCCAAGCAUGCGGGCCCGCCCCCGUCGACUACUACAUGCUGUACCCCAACAAGAAGCGUACCACCUGCAUCCGGUGCCAAGCCCACUCACAGUGCCAGGAAUGCAAGGGCGCCUACGGCCCCUGCACGGUGUGCUCAAACGGCUAUGAGGAGGCGGACGGCACCGGGUGGGCUGUAGUGGGCGGCACGUGCACGAAGUGCCGCACCGGCUGCCCCGAGUGCGGCGACGACCCGGCAGCAUGUCUCUUUUGCGAACCUGUGGACGUCUGCUGGGAUUACGCCGAGUUCGACCCCCGCACCGGCAAGUGCGUCAACUUUCCAAACUACAACUACUCCGGCGGCUGCUGA